GGAAUAUAUUGAAAAUCGAUUGUGUCGUAGUUAAGGAAAACUAAUUUGUGUUUAUGGAUUUAGUAUUUUGGAUUAAUUAUAUGAAAAUAAUAUUUGACAAUUGGAAUCUAAAAGAAGAGUAUUUAAAUUAAAAAAAACGUUAACGGUGACGUUUCUCGCAGAAAUAUACAACAUGGAUCAAGACUUUGAAAAACGACUUUUAAAACAACAAAAUGGACAAUCCUUGUUGUCUCCAGCCUGCUCACCUUCUGUCUCUCCAUUUGCUAAUCGUCAUCAACAGCGAUCACUGCCGUCAUCACCGGGUGGUGUGACUCCAACAAAAGAUCGUUACGGAGACAGAUUCAUCCCGAGCAGAGCUGGCGCAAGAUGGCAUAUUGACUUUAAUUUGAUUUCUGAAAAUACAGUUUCGCGGAAUAAAAAUACUAAAAAUCAACAACAGCAACAACAACAAUCUCCAACAACAAAUCGAAAAACCAAAGAUGCCAAUGAGAAUGGAAAAGAUAACCUCAUGUAUCAGUGUUUACUGAAGAAUGAACUACUUGGUGCAGAAAUUGAACGAAUAAAAGAUAGUCAAUCAGAAGAUAGAAGAAUUAUGGGGAGCCCUUGUUCAGAAAAGAAAAAUUUAUUUAAAUAUUCUGUCAGAAUGAAAAGGGCGGACUCUACAGAAUCAUCACCAUAUUCGUUAUCACCUGUAGGCACUAAAAGUCAAAGGCUACUUCGAUCACCUCGAAAACCAAUGAGAAAAAUUUCCAAAAUUCCAUUUAAAGUUUUAGACGCCCCUGAACUUCAAGAUGAUUUUUAUCUUAACCUCGUAGAUUGGUCGUCGUCUAAUAUUUUAAGUGUCGGAUUGGGAGCGUGUGUAUAUUUAUGGAGUGCACAUACAAGUCAAGUAACAAGAUUAUGUGAUCUUUCCUCGGACAGUGAUUCAGUAACAUCAGUCAAUUGGAAUGACAGGGGUAAUCUUGUUGCCGUGGGAACACACAAGGGUCAUGUUCAAGUUUGGGAUGCAGCAGCUAACAAGCGCAUUGUGCAGCUUCAAGGCCAUACUGCUCGUGUUGGAGCUCUGGCAUGGAACGGUGAUCAGUUGUCUUCGGGAAGCCGAGACAGACUUAUACUUCAACGUGAUGUAAGAUCAUCGCUUUCGGGUUCAUCGAGUGGAAUUUCUGAUAGAAAAUUAACAGGACAUAAGCAAGAGGUUUGUGGUCUGAAGUGGUCACCUGAUAGACAGCAUUUAGCAUCUGGUGGUAAUGACAACAAACUAUUAGUUUGGUCAGCAAGUUCAGGAGGCAAUAAUUCAAACAAUAUUCAACCAGUGCAUACCUAUUCUGAGCAUUUAGCGGCAGUCAAAGCUAUCGCUUGGUCACCUCAUCAGCAUGGUUUACUAGCAUCCGGUGGUGGUACUGCAGACAGGUGUAUUCGCUUCUGGAACACCUUGACCCAACAACCUCUGCAGUGUGUGGAUACUGGAUCUCAAGUCUGCAAUCUUGCAUGGUCCAAACAUGCUAACGAACUUGUAUCAACUCAUGGUUAUAGUCAAAAUCAAAUUUUGUUGUGGAAGUAUCCGUCGUUAACCCAAGUUGCUAAAUUAACAGGACAUUCUUACAGAGUUUUAUAUUUAGCAACCUCACCAGAUGGAGAAGCUAUUGUAACAGGAGCCGGUGACGAAACAUUAAGAUUUUGGAAUGUUUUCUCAAAGACGAGGUCUAACAAAGAAUCUACUUCAGUUCUCAAUUUAUUCACUCGCAUUCGGUAGAAAUAGUGUUAUUGAUACCUUCGAUAUUUUUAUCAUUUCUUUCGUGAUAUAUUCGACCAUGAACUACUUUCAUCUAAAAAUUACGCUCAUUUCAAGUAUUGGAUGAAAACAAUCAAUAAUACUUUAAUUAAGUUCUUUUGUUUUCAACCAUGCUUGUCCGAGUGUAAUACAAUGAUACUGAAUUUUUUGAUAACCAAGAUUUGUUCGUAAGAAUUUGAGAUAUUUUUAAAAAUUAUUGCUCAGAUUAUCAAAUGAUGAUAUUCUAUAUAAUAUAAUAUUUUUCUUUUUUUCGUUUUACUGUUUUUUUCCUUUGCUCACAAUAAUAUAUUAUCUCCUAACUGUCCUUUUUCGCUCAUCGAUGUUUUGUUGCCCCAUCUCUAUUGAAGUGAUUUUGGAUUUAUUUCUACUGUUAUUUUACUGCCCCCUCCUCAUUUUAAUUUCUCUUUUUAUUGAGGAAGUUGAGGCUCUGAUGUUUUAUUUCAAUAAUCAUCAAAUUAUCCAAAUUUUAUCAGAAGUUUAGAUCAUUUUUUGGAAAGCGAAGGUUUGAUAAUUCAUGCAACAUCUCUUAGCUUCGAAGCGGCAGGUAGCGCAAGUUUUCUAAUUUGAAGCGACUUAGGUCAGGCAUUUCUUUCAAUCAAUUAUAAAAAGUUGAAUUUUUGUUUUCGUGAAUCACUCUUUAGAUAUUUCCUUUCAUCGUUGUAUCAUGACUUCACCACUUGUAUUUCUUUUGUUGCCAAUGGCCGAAUAAUUUAAUUGGAAGAGUUUAUGAUACCUAAUUGUUUAUUAAUUUGAGUAUAUUAUGAUUCAUUAGUAAUUUUUUUCCUACUUUCGUUUAAAAUUUACCAACAAUUCUGGUCGGUGAAUUAAAUAUUGAAUUGAAAUAUUGCAAACUAAAAUGGUCAAUUUUAAUUUGAUAAAUAAUUAUGUUUAGUAAAAUGUGUCUUCAACUAAAUAAUUCUACAAAGCGAAUUAUAUUUGUGGUCGUUUGGCUUCGUUUAGUGUAUGGUAAAUUGUGGUAAUUGUUAAUUUUUUUUGGAAUUAUGAAAUUCCUGUAUGAUUUUGGAUUAGGAUAUGGUAAAACUUGGUAAUUGGCAACUUAGUUUAGGGCAGUGAAUGGUAAAUUGUGGUCGAUGACAAUUUCGAAUGCUAAAUUAUGCAUUCAACCAUCAUUGUAAUUCAGAAACCAUGAAGGUGUUUUGUCAACUUUUUUUCAAUAAAAUUUCUUAUUAUAUCUCAUCAUGAAUUGCUGUUGUUUGAUAACGUGACUCCCCAUGUUCGACAGGUCUGUGUUUAUCUACAUUUAGAGAAUAUUAUCAUGAAUAUUGUUUACUCAAUUUUGUUUGAAUCGUAUCGUCCCAAACCCAUUUGUAGUCUUGAUAUCAUUUCAUCUCCCAAUAAAGUAUUGUCGCAUAGUUGUCCGUCCGCCAUUUUGUAUUUUGUGGCCCACUGUGACACCCCCGGUUUUUGUUUGUGGAGUGGAAGCUCUACCAAUAAUCAACAUGUUAGGCACUGUUACAAUAAUGGUAACAGAUGAUUUUGAUGAGCACCAUCCGCCUUAUGAGUUUUCGCAGUUUUAUUAAACCAAAACAUAUCUUUGAAGAUUCCAAAUUUUUCGCUAUUUGCUUGCUUUUCGUUGCUGGAGUGUUGUUUCCAUGUAUUGCAGAUAAAAUUUUUCUUCAAAAAUUGAUUUAUUUGGCCUACAUUCAGCUCAUACUUGGUUAUUAUCAAAAUCUUUUCAUUUCUCUUCCUUUUUUUGUGAAAAUGAAAUUGCUAUUAAAUUCUUUUUAGCGA